AUGAAAUUUGUCCUAUUCUCGUUUAAUUCAUGCCCGCUGACACUGGCUUGUUUUUCUCUUUCUUUUCUUCCACUCCUGAUUAUCUCUCGUUAUCACUGCCCUCUCUCUUCUCUUACAACUCUUCUCUUUCCCUACUCUUCCUACUUAUCUUACUUUCUUUCACCUUUUAAUAUCCCGCCUCUCUCAAAUAUACUGGUAAUCUACAGUUUACUUUUAUGCACUUUCUUUCUUUCUUUCUUUCUUUCUUUCUUUCUUUCUUUCUUUCUUUCUAUUUUAAAAUUUUUUUCUCUCUCUUCACACAAGCGUUUUUCUUGUCAGGUCCUACAUCAAGCCAAUGAUAUCUGUACGAGAGGCGCGUGGGAGCGUAUUUUUCUUAUAGCUGACGAUUCUCCUCGUUGCAUGUCCUAUCAUACAUACGUUAGUUUGUUCUUCCUUAACAUGUCCUUUUUGUUAUUUAAAUCUUUCAACUGCUUUUCUCUCUACAACUCUCUUCCUCCCACCCUUCCAAUUAUCUUUCUCUGUUUCUCUUUUUCUCCUUUCUCUCACUCAGCUGUGAUAUACUAUCUCCUUUUUUUCACCACCCUCUUGUCAAUCUCUUGUCUUUUCUUUAUUCUUUUUGUCUUUACGGAAGCAGUUAAGUCGGUCUUUACUGACCAGUAA